AAUAAAUAAAUAAUAACAACAGUAGGCGUCUCUUUUUUUAAGUCAUAAAAAUGUUUUGAAAUAAAGUUUGUCGAAAAUUUGUGGUGAGUGUUCAGUGACCCCAAAAAUUUGCCAGCCCCAACCCCUUUUGGCCAUGGAUUACGACUUCCUAACUCCGCCGCCGGAGGAACGGAUCAUUCGCACCCACAAUCUGACCGAGGAACAGGUCAAGGAUCUGCAGAUUGCCUUUUCCAUAUUUGACGACCAGGACACCAAGGUUAUUCCCAUAACAAAUCUCAGGCCACUAAUGCUAACUGUGGCCCACAAUCCCAGUGAUGGGGAGUUGCAGGACAUCUAUGCCGAGAUCGAUGCUGAUGGAAGCGGUGAGUUAUAUCUCAGCGAUUUUCUUUACAUAAUGUCCCAGAGAUACGCAAACAUGUCCACCGAGGAUGAGAUAAUAGCCGCAUUCAGAGUGUUUGACAAACAAGGAACCGGCCUCAUAUCUGAAACGGAGUUUCGUCACAUAAUGCAGAACAUGGGGGAGCAACUGACGGAUGAUGAGGUGGAGGAGAUCAUCCGGGAUGCAAAUUCCGAUUUGGAAGGCAACAUUGACUACGUGCGAUUUGUCAAAACGAUGUCCAGCACAUAAGGAAAAAGCAGGCUUGGGGGGUUGGGAAACCGACCUAUCAGUUUCAUCCAAACACUUUCGGCUCAUUCUCGUUCGUAAAUUCCAACAGUCUAUAGCCCUGAAAGCUAUUCGAUAUAUCUUGAUAAACACCGAAAAUCCUUGAAAU